CACGCUGACAUUUAUUAAAAAAAAAGUUGUAAAAACAGCAAAAUUAUUAAAAUAUUUUUAAUUUUGCCAAAUUAUUACGUUUUUCUCAAAUAUUAUUAAUGUAUUAAAUAGAUUUUAAACUGAAAUGGCUAACAGCUAUGAAAUACCUUCUUGGGCCGGCAAGCCACCUACAGGUUUACAUUUGGACGUACUGAAGGAUGAUAAACUUGUUCAAAAGUUAAUGGUUGACGAAAAGAAAUGUUAUUUGUUUGGCCGAAAUGCUCAAAUGAACGAUUUUUGCAUAGACCAUGCUUCCUGUUCACGGGUACAUGCGUCCUUUGUCUAUCAUAAACAUUUGAAUAUAUCAUAUUUGGUGGACUUGGGUUCGACUCAUGGCACUUAUAUAGGUACUAUGCGUUUGGAAGCUCACAAACCCACACAACUUCAUGUUAAUAGCACAUUUCAUUUUGGUGCUUCUACCAGGCGCUACAUUUUACGAGAGAGGCCCUCUGCCGGCCAGCGUAAUAGCAUAAUGGAGGAUAUACCAAUGAAUGAAACUAGCGAUGGUGCACUAUUGGGUCUGCCGGAAACACAAACAGAAUUGGAUAAUCUCACGGAAUAUAAUACAGCGCAUAAUCGUAGAAUUUCCAUGCUGGGCAUAGCUGACGACGUAAGAAAGAAAACAUCACGUAAGCGACGGAAUGUAACAUUCAAUGACGAGGAAAUCAUUAUAAAUCCUGAAGAUGUCGACCCCAAUGUGGGACGCUUUCGUAAUUUAGUACAAACCACUGUGGUGCCUACUAAACGAGCACGUUACGAUGGCGCCAAUAUGGGUAUAUCAGUUAACACAACAACAACGAUGCAUAACAAUAUCACACACACUAGUUCCCAUCAGUUAUUCCAACAAACUUAUCAAGAGCACAUGAAAAGUCUUGGUAAUACUCCCAACUCGCCAACUAAUGCUACGCCAUCGUCGCCCACUUCGCUGUAUCAGGGAUUACCGGCAGCAAGUGCUCAUGAAACACCAGCCGCAAGGCCUACAACAGCAGAAUUUGAUGUUUCAGGUCCUUUAGCAAUUGGAGCCAAAUUGGGUUUGCUUUUGCCAAAUCCAGCACCAGAUGUCACACCCAUAGCAGAGGCAGUCAGUUCAGCGCCCACAAACUCUGCUGUUGCCCAUAAAUUGGCGCUGGCUAAUGCAAAUGUGCGCUAUGAGGAUCAACAUCACCAUAUUGCAGCAGAUGUCUCUAAUAGUUCUGGUCCACAAAAGAAGAAAUAUGCCAAAGAAGCUUGGCCUGGACGUAAACCGAUGCUGGGUUCAUUAUAACACAAAUUUGUUUAAUUUUAUUUCAUUAUAAUUAAUUAUAUUAAUUAAUUUCUUUCUUUUUUUAUACUUUAUACAAAAUAAUUUCAUUGUGUAUCAAGAUUUAUUGAUAAAUUGUGUGCGAAAAUUUGUAAAAUUUAAAAUAAAGUAGUAAUGCUUUUAAUAAAAACAAAAUUUCAAUUGUAAAAAAAUAUUAACAAUUUAUUUAAAAAAGAAGAAUUAAAUAAAUAACAAAACCAACACCCCAAA